AUGGAGAGUGGCACGCCGAACACAAAUCCAAUGGCAGCAGAAGUGCCUGCCAAGGCCGAGGUGGACGACUUUCUGCGGCGCAAACGAAAAGCGCGCGAGCACAAGGCGUGUUAUCCGUGUCGACAACGAAAAGUUCGCUGUGAUCUUGCCAGGCCAUGCCGCACCUGCGUCGAGCGCGAGCAUCCUGAGCUAUGCGACUACCAUCCGCCUAACAAGAAACAGAACAAUUCUUCAUCCUCGGCAUCCCUUGCGCUUCCUGCUGCGGGUACUAGCAGUGGGGUUCCUGCGCUGAACGCUAACACGGUCACGCUUUCGCGGUCGAAUUUUGAUCAUUUGUGUCGAAAACUCGACAAUGUUGAGUCUGCGCUGGAAGACUUGCGCCGGGAGAUGAGAAGCUCGAAUAGACCGACUCAAAACCCUUCUGGACGUUCUUCACCAUCAAGUACUACGCAAAAGGCCGAAGGUGCUCAGCCAUGGAUCAACAACCAAUUCACUCGUCAUACUACUGUUCAUGGACUUCACGCCCGAAAUGAUUUAACCGGUCAAACUGUACAUCUGGGAGGCUCUUCAGUACCCGCGCUUGUUAUGGCUUUGGGUCAAGGCGAUCGCGAGCAGCCUUCAGUUCAGGAAAUUCUUGGCAGAUCUAUUCUGCCCAUGUUCGGCCUGGAUAACGAGACAGCGACGUAUCCAUUCGUGGACCUCUGGGGACUGGCCCAUGGCUCUCUUGCACGCGCUCAAGAAUUGGCCAAGACGAUCCCCACCGACAGCCAAUGCUUAUCCUUCUUCCGGUACUAUCAAAAUUUGGGAAACAUCAUCUUCCCUGGUGUUGCAGACAUCUCAACUUUCGAGAUGGAUUUGACGCGCUUCCUACAAAAGAGAAACGAACAGAUGGGUGUAGCCGGAUCUUUGCCUGCCGACAGUCCUCUUCCUGGAGUCUCUGAGCAAGCGAUAUACGACAAGAAUCUGGAGUGGGUUGGACUGCUGUUCGCUGUACUGGCGAGUGGUUGUCAAUGCUCUGGUCUGCCUCGAAAAGAACGUGAAUUGACAUCUCAAGUCUACACAGUGUGUUGUAGUUUCGAGUGUCUGCGCUUUACCAAUUUCCUAUCACAUGUGACAUUAGAGAGCAUCCAAACGCUAUUGAUUCUCGGAAACGUCAUCUCUAACAACAUGAACGCGGGCACUUCGUGGUCACUUAUGGGUCUCACACUGAGAUUGGCAAUGAGCUUAGGUCUGCACCGCAGCUGUCCACCUGCCGCAGACGUCGAGACCAAGGCAAUUCGCUCCAAGGUUUGGUGGUCGAUUGUCUGGCAAGACAGUCUGUUAUCAAUCACAUACGAUCGCGCCGCAACUACAGCAUAUAUCGAUCCUUCAAGUAUGCCAGCACCGAACGCAUACACUGAAAUCCCACCUUACCACCUUGCAAUGUACAGGCUCUGCAGGGUCGGACUUGAGAUUGUACGCGACCGCACGAAGACCAUGAGCUCGCGCGAAUUGUUUGCCAGAAUCACGAAUCACAGAAACGAGAUUGACGACAUCAUGGCAGGCACAGCCGACUACUUGCGUGACUCGCGCACUUGCAAAUCGGUAGAAGAGUCACUCGAGCACUGGGCACUUUACCUACACGUGUCGUACAUAGUCUCAGAGCUAUGUCGACCAGCCAUCAGCCCCAGCACAGCCAGCUACGAGCUUUCCAAAGCAUUCAAGCAGACUUGUAUUGACAGUUUGGUCAGCACAGUAGAAGCUUUCCUCGGCCUACAAAACAUCACACCAUAUGCAAGACAGUCUUGGGCUGCCGUGCACCGCAGUCUGAGUUCCGCACUCCUCCUCGGCAUCAUGGGCGAGCAUGCCCACAACGAACGCGCGCGCCGUCUCUUGGGCAGAUUUGUCGCUCUCAUGUCAGAUAUGCAAUCAGCACUCGACCCGCAAGAACUUGCAGCACCUAUGGAAAGAGCCAUUACCGCACUCAAGAAACUCAACAUCCAGGAAUCGAGACCUUCAAGAUUCAUCGAGGAUAUUGCUAUGGCGCCUUCGGGUGGCAGUGUGGCGGAUAGCACUGAGAGUCCUGGUAUGGCUGGGGUGGAUCACUCGAGUGUGUUUCCCUCUAACACGAGUGCGUUGGUUGAUGAAGAGUAUUCGCCAUAUAGCGUGCUCAAUUCCAUUUUGUGGGGCCAAGGACCGACUCCUUGA